AUGAAUUUCACAAAUUGCACCACUGAAGCCAAUGUGGCUGCAAAGCCAAAAACUGUAACUGAAAAGAUGCUUGUUACCCUGACCUUGGCCACAAUCACAACCCUGACUAUGCUGCUGAAUUCUGCUGUGAUUGCGGCAAUCUCCACAACCAAGAAGCUCCACCAGCCAGCAAAUUAUUUAAUAUGUUCGCUAGCUGUGACAGAUCUCCUUGUUGCUGUCCUUGUCAUGCCCUUGAGUAUCACUUACAUAAUGAUAGACAAAUGGACUUUGGGAUACUUCAUCUGUGAGAUCUGGCUUAGCGUCGACAUGACCUGUUGCACGUGUUCGAUUCUUCACCUGUGUGUCAUUGCUCUGGACAGGUACUGGGCAAUCACAGAUGCCAUCGAAUAUGCCAGGAAAAGAACGGCCAAAAGGGCUGGGCUGAUGAUAGUCACCGUGUGGACUAUCUCCAUUUUCAUAUCCAUGCCCCCUUUGUUUUGGAGAAAUCACCACAGCGUCAAUAUUCCCAGUGAGUGCCGCAUUCAGCAUGAUCACGUCAUCUACACUAUUUAUUCCACAUUCGGGGCAUUUUAUAUACCUUUGACUUUGAUCCUGAUUCUGUACUACAGGAUCUACCAUGCUGCAAAGAGCCUUUACCAGAAGCGGGGUUCGAGCCGCCACCUCAGCAACAGGAGCACCGACAGCCAAAACUCUUUCGCCAGCUGUAAGCUCACACAGACGUUCUGCGUCUCGGACUUCUCCACCUCCGACCCAACCACAGAGUUUGAUAAAAUCAACGCGUCCGUGAGGAUCCCUCCUUUCGAGAAUGACCUGGACCUGGCUGGUGACCGGCAGCAGAUUUCCACCACACGGGAGCGAAAGGCUGCUCGCAUUUUGGGACUGAUCUUGGGUGCUUUCAUUUUGUCCUGGUUGCCCUUUUUUAUCAAGGAGCUGCUGGUGGGCCUCCACGUUUGCACUGUGUCUCCAGAAGUAGCAGAUUUCUUGACCUGGCUUGGAUAUGUCAACUCCCUUAUCAACCCUUUGCUGUACACUAGCUUUAAUGAAGAUUUCAAACUGGCCUUCAGAAAGCUCAUCAGGUGUCGAGAACAUUCUUAA